AAUGAUGCAUAUACAGCAGGGAACCGGUCACAGGAAAGAAAGCACGAAGCCACGGACAUGGCUGACAUAACUCACAGAAGAGUCCGAACGAAUGGAAUAUGGAUGCACAUAGCGGAGAAAGGAGAUGGACCUCUGGCUCUGCUCAUCCAUGGCUUCCCCGAGAUCUGGUCCACAUGGAAGCACCAGAUCCAUCGCUUGGCCGAACACGGGUACCGCGUCGUUGCGCCCGACAUGAGGGGCUACGGGGACUCGGACUGCCCCGCCGACCCUGCAUCGUACACCAUCCUCCACCUGGUCGGCGACUUGGUUGGCCUUAUCGACGCCCUCGGUCAAGAUCAGGCGUAUGUGGUGGGUCAUGACUGGGGCGCAGAAGUAGCAUGGCACCUUUGCCUCCUCAGGCCGGAUAAAGUCAAAGCGCUCGUUAACUUGAGCGUGCCUUAUCGACCACGGUCCCCGCAAUCAAAGCCGGUUGAAUACAUGGCCGAAAAGUUUGGCGACGGGUUCUACAUUACUCAGUUUCAGGAACCAGGGAGAGCUGAGAAGUCGUUUGCCAAGUAUGACUGUUUGACGGUACUGAAGAAGUUCUUACUGGUGAAUGGUCCCGAUCUUCUGGCUGCUCCACGGGGCAUCGAGAUCAUCGAUUUCCUGGAGACCCCAGAUUCUUGGCCAUCGUGGACCACCGAAGAGGAGCUCCAGUACAAGGCAGAGAAGUUCCGGAGCUCUGGUUUCACCGGGGCAUUGAACUACUACCGUGCCAUGGACAGGAAUUGGGAGCUGCUUGGGCCGUGGCAGGGGGCAAAGAUAACCGUCCCCACGAAACUCAUUACCGGGGAUAAGGAUGUCGGGUUCCAAUCAUUUGGGACCAAAAGUUACAUAGAGAGUGAAUUCCUCAAGGGUCUUGUACCUGGUCUUCAGGUUCUGGUCAUUGAUGGCCACCAUUUCAUCCAGCAGGAGAGGGCUGAGCUAGUCAGCGCUGAGAUUCUGUCCUUCUUCGGGAAGAGAUCUGGGAAUUGAGUGCUAUGUGCCAAUUGGGUCUGCGGGAUUCGAUCAGAUGAAUUCAAUUUGCGUUACAUGUAUGAAGUAGCAUUCGGCGGAUUGAUGAUUUCAAAUGGAUGUUGGGAUCAUGUAACCUACCUCUUGGACGAUUUCACUUCGUGGACGGGUGUUUGUUUAAUGGUUUAAACA